AUGGCACAAUCGGAACCUAAUGGACUGUUUGCGAUGGUGGAACUCAACUACCAAGGGGUAUUUAAUCGAAAUCCUUUCUCUUACACUGGUGGUUUUAAAACCAUCUUCAAUGAUGUUGACUUUUCUUCUAUGACUUAUUCUGAGUUUGUGACCUUCUGCGAACGUUUCAUGCAUGAAGAGUGUAAAAAGUUUUACUACUGUGAACCAGACAUGUCCUUCAUGGAAGGGCUUAAUCCCAUUUCAGAUGAUGUGGAAUAUUCUGCUUUUAUUUUUGAUGCUUAUGGAACAGAUGGUGUAAUUUCAGUUUAUGUGGAUCAUAUUAGGGUUGGUGUUGAUGGGUGGCAUGAUGAUGAAGAUAAUGAUGAUGAUGAACAUGAGUCUUGUAUUGAUGGUGAAAAUGAAGACAACAUAGAUGAACUUAGAAAUGUUUCCCUUGAAUUUAAUGAGGAUGUAGUUCAUAUGAAUAGGAUAUCAAAUGAUCCUUUCUUGAGUAAGCUAUGUGUUGAUGAUGAGGAUGCAAACAAAAUUGUAGAUGAUGACAAUGGGAGAGAAGUUGAAGUUAACAUACAAACUCAUUCCAUAUUUAAUGAGCUAUUACACUGGAAAAAACAAAAACCCAUUCUAGGGAUGAGAUUUAAGGGUCCAGGGCAAGUAAAAUCAAUGUUGUGUAACUAUGCUGUAGCUAAUGGAUAUCAAUUGUGUUUUGAAAAAAAUGAUAAGACAAGACUUUUGGUGAGGUGUAGCAAAGGUCUUUGUAAGGGAGAAUUGCUUUAUGCUAAUGGAAGGGAUGCAAAUGACAAGAUAUAUCCUAUUGCUUGGGCAGUGGUUAAUGUGGAGAACAAGCAGACUUGGAAGUGGUUUCUAGAGCUUCUCAUUGAUGACCUACACUCGAAUUUAGGCAAUGGUUUCAGUUUAAUGUCAGACCAACAUAAGGCUGUUAAAGAGUUGCUGCCAUAUAUAGAGCACAGGCAGUGUGCUAGACAUAUUUUCCAGAAUUUGCAGAAGAGAUUUACUGGUGCCAUAUAUCAUACCUUGUUUUGGAGAGCAUCUAAAGCCACAACUGAGCAUGCUUUUAAAGUUGUGAUGAAAGAAAUUGAGACAUUGAACCCAGAUGCCCAUCAAUAUCUCAUGGAGAAAUAUCCUAAAACAUGGUCUAGAGCUUUCUUUCAAACUGGAAGGUGUUGUGAUGCAGUUGAUAAUGGGUUCUCAGAAAGUUUUAAUGUUGUAAUAGUAGAUGCUAGGAAGAAGCCCAUAAUAACCAUGUUAGAGGAGAUAUGA